AUGGCAGACAAGUACAAGCCUACUGAGCACGGCGGCAAGCGCGAGGACGGCCAGCCCGACAAGCGCACCCAGCAAACCGAAUUCGCCUAUGGCAAGGUUGACCCUCACAAAGCCGGUCAACAGGGUGGUUCUACUUCCGGUGCUGGUGGCAGCGCUCCAGGAGAAUUUGCGCAUGGCAAAGUCGAUCCUCAUGAGGCUGGAAAGGAAGGUGGCAGCAACUAA